AUGGAAUUAUCUGAAAGAGUUCCACCAAUUGGUCUUGUUAAUAAUUCUUAUAAUGGAUGUUAUGUCAAUAGCUGUAUUCAACUUUUAUUUUCAAUGAAGUCUUUUGUUUCUUAUUUAUCUUUUAAUCCUCCAAAUAAUGAAAUAUUACAAAGAAUCCGCUUACUUUUUGUUGAUUUAAUAAAUACUACUCUUCAAAGUAUUAAUACGUUCUAUUUCCUUGAUUGUUAUAAUCCACAGUAUGGAGACCCUAAUGAAUUUCUUGUCCAAGUAUUAGAACAGUGCGAACAGUGCAAUUGUUAUGAAAUGUCUUUACAAUGUGAUAUUAGUUGUGAAUGUGGAAAAACUGAUACUGUUAUUUCAAAAGAGCCUGUAUUGCUAAUUAGAAAUAAUGGUAUUCAACUUGACUUAUCAACACAGCUCUAUUCAUCAUUGUUUAGAGAAUUUCAUUGUUCUUGUGGAAGAACAGUUAACGUUCAACUAAAAUCAUUGAAUUCUCCUCAAUAUCUCAUUAUAAGUGUUGAAAACAUCAAAAUAGUAAAUAACAAAAUUGAGAAACAAACAAAAAGUAUUUCUCAAAAUAGAGAAAUUACAUAUAACAAAACAAAAUAUUCUCUCAAGUCAAUGAUAACUCAUAUAAAUGGAUACGAUAAUGGUCAUUGUAGGAAUUAUGUUAAAAUACAAAAUAGGUGGUACUGUUGUGACGACACUAAUGUAUAUCCAUGGAACGAACAAUUAGAAGAGAAAGUAAAUGAAGUUGUAACAACAUUUUUAUUUGAAAAAAAGGAAGAAGAACCUCAAAGCAAACUAAUCAUAUCUCAACAAGCAAUACUUGAUUAUUAUCUCUUUCUAAAAGAAAAACAAAAUAAUUAA